GCGGCGCGGCUUGUUAUAUAGGCUGCCUGUCAGCUGACCCUCCCGCAUUGCAGACUGCGCAGCCCGAGAGAAAAGCCGACAUGCAGCGCUCCGCUCUCCUCGUCCUCCUUUGCUCGCUGGCGGCGGCUUUGGCAAGCCCCCUCCUACUGCACAGAGAGUGCGCAAAAGGUCCUGAGAUAUGGUGUCAGAACCUGCAGACUGCAUCUCAUUGCAACGCAGUUAAGCAUUGUCGGCAGACUGUUUGGAACAAGCCUACAGUGAAAAGCAUCCCUUGUGACUUAUGCAAAGAAGUUGUAGCUGUGGCUGGCAAGGUCUUGAAGGACAAUGCCACGGAGGAGGAAAUAAAUGCCUACAUGACUAAAGCAUGUGAGUUUCUUCCUGACCAAGAGCUGGUAUCUCAGUGCAAGGAAAUGGUGGAUGCUUACUUGCCAAAUAUUCUGGAUAUGAUCAAAGAGGAGCUUGAUAAUCCUGAAGUUGUAUGCAGUGCACUCACGUUGUGCCAGUCUCUUCAGAAGCAUCUGGCAACAUUGAAAUUGCAGAAACAGCUUCAGUCCAACAAGAUUCCUGAACUAGAUUUCUCUGAACUGGCAUCUCCCUUCAUGGCUAAUGUGCCAUUACUACUUUACCCCCAGGACAAACCCAAGCAAGAAUCUCAGGGAAAUGACAAUGUGUGUCAAGAUUGUGUUAAGCUGAUAACUGACCUUCAGGAAGCCGUGAGGACCAACUCAACCUUUGUGACUUCUCUCAUUGAGCAUGCCAAAGAAGAGUGUGAACAAAUUGAACCUGCGUUUGCUGAUCUGUGCAAGUCCUACAUCUCCCAGUAUUCAGACUUAGCCAUCCAGAUGUUGAUGCAUAUGCAGGAACAGCAACCCCAGGUUCUUUGUGGCAUGGUUGGAUUGUGUUCUUCUCUGAAAUCUGUGCCUCUCCAGACUCUGGUACCUGCAAAAGUUAUCUCUCAAGAAAAGGUAGAACCAGUUGAGAAUAGCUUGAGUCAAACAGAAUCUUUCUCUCUGUGUGAUGCAUGUACGAUAAUGGUAGAAGAGGUGGCCAGCCUUCUGGAAAGCAAUAAGACAGAGGAGGAGAUGGUUUAUGGAAUGGAGAAAGUCUGUUCUGUGCUACCUGAAAAAUACCGACAAGAGUGCAAGGACUUCGUGGAUGUCUAUGGGAAGUCUAUAAUUGACAUGCUUUUGGAAGCAACUGACCCUAAAAUGGUGUGUGUGAUGUUGAGGUGCUGCUCAGACAAUACUUUGCCUGCUGAAAAAAUUGUUCCAGUGCAGCCGCAGGUUGGGGACAUCUGUGAUGUCUGCAAGAUGAUUGUUGCAUAUGCUGACAAGGAAUUGGCAAAAAAUGCUACCACUGCUGAAAUUGAAGAUUUUCUGGAAAGAGUCUGCCGCUACUUGCCGGCGUCUGUCAGUGACCAGUGUGUUCAGUUUGUGGAGCAGUAUGAGCCAAUGGUUGUGCAGCUAUUGGCAGAAAUGAUGGAUCCCACUUUUGUGUGUAGUAAACUUGGAGUUUGUGUGACAUCAUCACAUUCCAUUUUGGGAUCAGACGUAUGUGUCCGGGGACCUGGUUAUUGGUGUAAGAACAUGGAAACUGCAGCCCAGUGCAAUGCUGUUGAACACUGCAAACGUCACGUGUGGAACUAGAAGAGGCGCACUGUGGCUUUGGCCAAAACUUUCAUUCUUGAAGAAAAUGAGGCGAGCAUUAGGCUGGCAAGAAUGAAACCUUGGUAUCCUGAUCUCUCCUCCUCUCCACUUGACCCCCACCUCCAUUGAAGUUCCUUUUUAUGAAUUUUCUGGUAGCCGUGCUACUACCCUGGAAGGAUCCACAACGUUGACUUAAUUGGAGUUUUAGUUGUUUAUGAUCUGUAAGAAUAAACAGUAAAUCAUCAAUGUUGAUCAAUUGGCCUGAGUGCCUUUGAGAAGGAGUGCUUACAGUAUGUAAGUAAACAAAGGACACCACUGCUAUAUCUGGAUAUUAAACAUAGCGACUAAUUUUUAAAGGCGCUCUUUUUGGUGACUGGCUUGCUAGAAUAUGUGUCUUUAAUGCUGUUCAUUAAAACACCUGUUGAAACUAUAUCCACUUGCUUUACAGUUGAUUGGUUGAGGAAUUCCUUAAAUUCUUUGGGCUGGGGCACAGCUGCAUAACCCACACAGGAAUACAUUUCCUUCCACAGAAAUAGUCCAAAGAUGGAAUGUGAAUAUGCCCAUGGCUUUUGUGCAGCUAUGGCUCUUAAGUCUUGAGACCAUCAUGGAAUUCAUUAGUGUGUUGCCAGAGUUGUGUUCUCAUUAAGUAGAUGGCUGAUAGCCCAUGUAGUUAAUACGGAGUGUUGAAUUCAGAGCCUAUGGAGCAGGCAAUACCAGUUGCUACUAUGUGUAUCCCAGCUUUACUCACCAGGUGUUCAGGAUAGGUGCAACACAUUUUUAAAUAAAACUACUUUGGCUGCUUUGGGGUGGGGUGGGGGGGGAAUAUAAAACUAAAAAGUUGCCACAAGACUGGAAAAUCAAGCUGUGUACCUAGUGUGCUUUGACUGACAAUUGCAAUGCAUGAAACUAGCUCCCUAGAUGAGGACAGACUUGCCACUCUGUUUUUUGUAGGAAGAGUGUCUGAAUGUAAAAUUCAGAGGAACCUUGGCAAAGUGGUAUUGAUAGUGUGGUUUGGACAAAGUCGUAUUUUUUCAUUUGGGUUUUGGAAACAUUUUUUUAGUGUUUCCAUCUAUCAUUCUGCAGUGCUGCUGCUAUCUUGCACACUGCCGCUAUUUGCAUGACUAGACAUUCUCCUAGAUAGUGAUAGCGCUAAGUUCAGAAUAUUUAGCCACAAAAUGUCAUGUGAUAAUAGUAUGCAUAAUGACAUUUGGUUGAGGACACCUAGUAUGUGUGGACAGAGAUGGCUCAUGAAGCCAGUGAUGGUAAUCCAAGGCCUAGAUUGUGGAUGGUGCCAUUUUCUAGUUUGUUUGUAGCUUCCAAUAUAUUUUUCCAAGUUUCAUCCAAGCUGGUCAGCUUGAAAGCUGAAGAACAGUACUUGGUGGAGGGGUGAGAACUAUCCAUUACACAUAGUGCCCCAUAACUCUUGAAUGCAUAGUUUUCUAAACAAUUUAUUCAAGGUAGAGGAUGGUAAAUGGAAAUUUUAAAAGUCAAAUCUCUUCAGGGUUUUUUAGUUUUAGCAUGUUAAAUUUAGGCACACAAGAUCUUUGAAACUGUUUAGUAAAACAAUUGGUUUGGAAUGGAGAGCAAACUAAUUUUAAUGGCAGCAAACUAAUUGUUCAAAGUAAGCUGUUGAUUGUUUUCAUGCAGCUUUAUUUUAUACAUCCUAGAUGUAUUGAGGGCAUUGUCUUGAUUUUUAUCCAACAGAUGUUUAUGUCUGCUCUUUGGCUCCAAGUUCUUGCUACUUGAAAAUGAAUAUACAAUUCAAAACAGCUGUUGUGUUUUGUUUUAAUCUUACUGCAGAUGUUGAUGCUGGCAUUUGCUUAAUGAUCUCAUGCACUGAUAUAGGGUGAAUAUUUGCUGCCUCUUAGUAAUGACCUUUCUUCCUUGGAGGUUGUCAGAUUUUAAUGCAGGGCUGCAUAAUGCAGUUGGAAGUAGACACAAUUAUUAUUAUUUUUUGGCUUGAAUUUCUAAAAUGUGUGGAUCUCAUAGAAGGUGAUUCUGUAAUGGACAAGAAGUCUCUCAGAACUGGGAUCUUUCAUCUUUUUGUGUGUUCUAACAUACUACAUGUUUUCGUUCUAGUGGCAUAAACCUUUCUACCUUCUAGGUAUAAACUGGGAGAAAACAAGAAAAUGCUUUAAUAAACCACUUUUUCCAUUAAAGCUUCUGUAAUUCAAAAUAAAAGUCUUAA